AUGUCGCAGCAGUUCUUCAACUACGGUGCCCACCACCACCAGCAACAACACCUCACUGCUCAUUCGCACAACCACCACGGCGGCCGGUCGCGGAGGGCGCCCCGGAUCUCGGCCCAGCACAACCAGAACCAGAAGCAGUUCCGCCAAGCCCGCACCCCGAAAGAGUUCAACGUCGAGCCCCCUACCAUGCUCGCAUUCAAGCGCGACUUCGAGGCUGCACGCUCGUUUGACAUUGAAGACGACGAGAUGUUCUGCCCCUUCCACCUGCUCACCGAGGACGAUCUGCAAUCCAUUCACUCGUCUGGUUCAGACCGCUCGUCGCUGUCGAGUGGAUCACCUGAGCAGUCCCCACUCCAGCACCAAUUGCAGCCAACCCCCUCGUUUGUCCUCUCUUCGGCCCCGAACCCGUAUACCCCGGCCGGCUUCCAGCAGAACAACUCUUCGCAGACUAAGCUCCACCAGCCACUAGCCCAGCGCACUCGCAAUGCCAUUCCCAUCGUCGACCCCUCGACACGAACAGUUGCCAGCCCACCACCGUCCGUCUCGCCCAACCGACAGAUGCAGCAGCAGUUCAUGUCGCGACGCUGGUAA